GUGACACGGCGUCCCGAUCACCAAGCCUGCUUAGCGCCCUGACAUGCUCGUCACUGGAAGAUGCAGCUCCGAACCUCUCCACUGAUAAGUUGACCUCACCACGCCCGGGAGCGGGCGACGACUACUGCAGCGGGCUCUUCAGCAAGUUGUCGCGUCGGUGUCGCGUGCGAGAUGCACCUACUCGCUCGUCAGCCCGGCCCGAUCGGGCAACAUGGUCAUCCGCCAUCCAUGCCACGUGUGUCAAAUUCGUUCUGCACAUCGGUGUCAGUCCACUGGUUUUAGCGCCGUUCCUGUGCUGGCAAUAUGGUGGCAUAGUGGCGUACGUGCCCGUAAUUGUUCUCACUGUCACCAGUUCCGUGCCGCUUCAUUUCUUAGAGUCGUGGGCAGGGUAUUACACUGGCAAGAGCAUAGCUGAAGGUCUUGCGAGGCUGGGGCCGAUUUUCCGUGCCUUGGGUCACGCGCUUGUUUUGCUUACCUUGCUAAUGAGCAUGUACUAUAUGCAGUUCGUUGCUUGGGUACUCAUUUACACCUUUCAUUCUCUGCAAAGUCCCCUUCCGUGGGGUACAUGCAGUCGAGAAUACAACUCCAAACAGUGCUACACUCUACCGCUCCAAGAAACCUGCCGUCAGAAAUCCAACUACUCCGUCUACUACGACUUCCGUUGCAUGUCUGCCGACGAAUUCUGUCGUGCGAACGGCCACCUGGGCUCGAACGGCACUCACUGCUGGGGCACCGCGCUGCCGGAGAUGCCGUCACACCGGCUGUCGGCGCGAAAGCUCGACUCUGCACCGGCCCGCUCCCCGUUCCUGCCGCUGGCCAGCGGCCGAGGCGCGCUGGCCGCUUCCGCCGUGGUGGGGCUCGUCGCGCUCGGCCUCGGCCUGCUCAGUAGCCUGCUGGUGUUAGCCGCCCGCGGCAGCCUCGGCUUCCUGCUGGUGGGCUACGCCUGGCCCCAGGUGCGCGGCUCGGUGACGCAGCUGCUCGAGCUGCAGUGGGCCGCCUGCCUGCUGCUGCUUUGCUGCACGCUCGGCCUGAAGAUGGCGUCGGACAGAGAACGCUUCUCCGCUAUAGAUGGCGGCACUGCAGUGAUGGCCGUCUGA